AUAAACACCAACAGGAUUCGAACCUUUGAUCGUAGAAAAUUCGAACGUUUGAUCCGACUGAAGACGUUCAUUACACUCUAGGAUAUAAGUCGGGAAGUUGUAAACAAUGAGUGGCAUUUUAAAGGACGGAUGUUAAUAGYAAGCGGACAAAGAAUCCAGUUGAAGACUUUCAUGUUUUGAUAAUAACCAGUUGCCAUGGACACCAUAGAGAGAUGGACGCGGAAACUGGGUGUCAUCCACCACAAACAUAGGCCACAUUUUUACAAUUGUUCGAUUGCAAAUCGUCCUGUCAUUAGCGUAUUACAGUACAAGGCUCUCUUUACACUUGAAGAACGUAGAAAUGGCUGGGUAUUGGUUCAUUUAAUGGUCUGUCUCUAUUGUUUUGCCGCACUGGCUGUGCUGUGUGAUCACUACUUUUGCGCGUCUUUAGAGAAGCUUUGUAAAAGCUUGCGUAUUCCCACAGACGUUGCCGGCGCCACCUUCAUGGCAGCAGGAAGCUCUAUGCCGACAUUAUUCAUCGCCAUAGCAUCUGUAUUCAUGGACGAGGGAGAUAUAGGACUGGGUACGAUCAUCGGUUCGACRAUGUUUAACAUUCUUUUCAUUACUGCAAUCUGUGGCCUGUUUGCUGGGAUGGCGAUUACGUUACAUACAUGGCCUCUUAUACGCGACUCAGUAGUGUACGUGGUACAUUUAACGGGCCUUUUGGUCGUCAUACAUGACAAUAUWGUGCAUUUUUAUGAGGCCCUUUUGUUCCCUCUUAUGUACAGCUUUUAUAUAUUGAUAAUGGUGUUUAAUAGACGGUUAGAAGAAAUAUUUGAGGAAAUGUGCGGGAAAUGUUUUAACAUUCAAAAAGGUAUGGAAAUGGUUGAAAUGGAUGACCCAUUGGAAUCACUUCAAGACAAKAAAGAUGACARAAACUUGACUGACGGCCAGGAGCUACUUUCAAAAGAAAACGAAGACUUAAAAGAACUUCCRUCCGAUGGUGCCACAAAGACUGAACAAAUYGAAAACACAGAUGGGGUUUCUCAUCCACAUGGAUUUGAACCCUCAUCWCCGUUUAACUUACCAAAGACCCUUAUAAAAAGGGGCCUUUGGUUCCUUUURYUGCCACUACAUUUGAUAUUCUAUGUGACAAUGCCAGACUGUCGUAAGAAAGAGUGGGAAGCCUGGUAYCCUUUGACAUUCUUUUUAUCCAUACUAUGGAUGGCGUUGAUCUCUUAUAUCCUAGUAUGGGCUGUAUCAAUAAUUGGCGAAACCCUACAUAUCCCAGAAUGCAUCAUGGGGCUGACUCUUCUUGCUGCUGGCUCGAGUGUCCCGGAUGUCAUCUCCAGUCUAGUUGUUGCUCAACAUGGCAUGGGAGACAUGGCACUAGCCAACUGCGUCGGUAGUAAUAUAUUUGAUAUCUUGUGUCUUGGGCUUCCUUGGUUUUUAGCCACGACCUUAGUCCACCCCCACAGCGUCGUUUUGAUACAGAGCGGCCAUAUUGUCUAUACUGCGUUGUGUCUAUUUGGAACAGUUUUCGUAACUCUUAUUGUCAUUCAUUUGAACAAAUGGAAGCUCGAUAAACGAUUGGGCUGGGUUCUUCUUGUAGUUUACUUUGUUUUCAUUACUGCUGCUGUUCUWUUGGAAGCRUUACCAGUAGGUCCGGGGGGACACGGAGGAGAAGCAAAACUCAUUCCACAUCACCCUGGACAUGUUCCUCGAAAAGGAUUAGGGCAUAGAAAACACCAUACUAGUCAUGGGCACCACGGGGUACAUUAAUUUAUAAAAAUCAUUAAUAAAAACAUAGAAAUGCAGGGAGACAUUCAAUAAAAAGGUUAAGAGAGGUAAAAAAGUUGUUGUUUAAGCUGUUAACUGUUACUACUACAUACCUAUACUACUGUA